AUGACCAAGGAUAUACCCUCUCUACCCACGCAUUCGUCGGCCGUCGAGGAAAAGCUCGAGCUCAUAAACCGAAAUGGCCCAUGGCUUCGCUCCGUCUUCCUACCCAUACCUGGAGUCCACCACCGCCGGCUACGAAUAUACAUCCCCAAUAUACACAAGCUGCGACUCUCGAGGAUGCGCAGAAAACGGAGCCCGUUAUUCAUCGGAUUUGCAUGUUUCCUUGCGUUCUUCACCCUUGUGCUGGUCAGGAGUAUGAGCAGGCCGGAUUGGAAGAGGGAUUGGCACAAUACUGUCAUUGGCGAGCCUUCGACCCUGGUUUUUCAUAGGAAGGAUUUGCAGAAAAUUUGGAGGUGGGAGGUUGCCAGUGGUCAUUAUCCUAGUCGUGCAUCCAUACCGAAGAAACUGGGAUUCACAGGGGCAUUGGUUAAUCCCGGAAUUCCACCAUCGUCAAAUGCCUCAAAAUCCCAGAUGGUGGGCUUGGACGGGAUCGUGACAACUACCCAUGGCGUUGGCCCCAAACGCGUCUACCUCGAUAUCCAAAACCACCCUCCAAACGUCGCUUACCCUCCCCGACCAGUCCCAGGAAGCGUAGCCGACCUAGACGAGAUAAUGCGACACUGUGAUUUCAGCCAGAAUAAGUAUGUUCGUGAUUGCCUUGAGGUUCUCCGGAUAGGCGGUGGCCUUGAUAAUGGACAGCGCUAUCGUCGAGAGGAGUUGGACGAUUGGAAGUACAUCUACUUGGAGCAACCCCUUAAUGCGACUGAGCAAGCUGAGCUUGUGAAGAAUACCCCUCGCGUUUUGAGGAGCGCAAAGGUUGCGCCCAAGAAGGGGUCAGUGGAUCCAGACGAGGGUUUGGUGAAGAAAAAGGGAGCAGAAUGGGAGGAGAAGCUCAUACUUUCGCGACCUCCUCUUGUUCACCGGCCAUCUUCGACUCUCCCCGAACCAUGCGACCCCGACAAUCCUCGCAUAUUCCAUAUGUUUUGGACUGGCCCGUUUACCGACAAACCCUAUGUUGCCCUCUUGUCCUUCCUCUAUACACAGAACACGGGCUUGCACCUCAAGGAUUGGCCGCAGGACUCGAAGGUUUGCCGGCCGCAAUUUUGGAUGUGGAUCAACCCUGGACCAGCAGCUGCAGUCCCCAACCCUAACGCCGUUCAAGACAUGUUUACCCAGUUGAAGACCAAUCCCUGGGCUGCUCCGUUCCUCCAUCCCAGAUUCCACGACGUGAUACACUUCAAGAUGUGGAAUACGACCGAGCAGUUGGAUGGAAUCCCCGAAAUCAAGAGCGAGUGGAGGGCUCUGCAGGAUAGUUUGUUUAAUUCUGGCGGACAUAUUAUUAACGUGAAGAAGAAAGGAAUGACAACGUCUGGCACGAGUUCGACGGGUACUGCCACCAACGUGGAUGAAGAUGAUCUCCUGAACCGGACAGGGUCAAAGUCAUCCUCGUCGUACGACCGGCUAUCUGUCAUUCUCUCGGACAUGGCACGGUUUGUCCUAUGCCAUCGAUUCGGAGGGGUCUAUCUGGACGCAGAUACCAUCUUCCUUCGUGACUGGGAAGAGUUGUGGGGAUGGAAGGGCGCUUUCGCAUACCGGUGGUCCCGGCUUCCCAAAUACAACACUGCCGUGUUGCGCAUGAACAAGAACAGUGCGCUGGGUUCCUUCUUGUUCAGGACGGCUUUGAAGAAUGGACUGGAUUUUCAUCCCAUGACGGUGUCCCGGUACACGGCCGAUGCGCAACUCGAGGGUCUACUGUUGCGACUCCCUGACGCCCUGUUCGACUCGGCUUGGUUGAACACGGAAGAUUAUCAACGAGAUCGUCCGCCACAGCCAUACUUUACCGAAUUCAAGGAUCUCUUCGAAACUCCUCAGCAAAGCAGUGCCUCUCCUCAAGCACUAGGUUUCCGAGGGUUCUUCAGAGGAGCCUACUCGUAUCACUUCCACAACUUCUGGUGGAAACCUUUUGAUCCUGCACGAAAUUGGCCGGAUCUUGGUCCUCGGUUUAAAGCGACAGAGGAAGUCGCGCAUGCCUCGCUUCGCAAAGCCAAGGUCAAGACGGCGGGUGCGGUGGGAUUGACUGGAAUAGCUGCUCAAACCCCAACGUCCAGUACAACUGAGGAAAUCCCUCCAUAUCUUAUCACCCCCGGAAAGGAUAAGCGUGACCUAGAUUGGUCGACGGUCUUGAAACGGACUUUUGAAGCCUACCUUCGAGGAGAGACUCCUAAUAUGUAUGGAGAGUGGUUGGUCUGGUGA